GAUGGCAACGUCAACACGCAUAAUGAUGAGCCCAUGGACCCAUCGGAGGUAAACGCGCUUCUUCCUCCCGUUGGUGAUCGACCGCUACAUAUCUGAUCAGCUGACAUUGAUCGCCGCAUCCCAAUUCAAAAGACCACAACCCAAAGCAGAAGCCAAGAAACAUCAUUCAAGUGCUCUAGUUUCGGUGUACAGGAGGGACGAGAGGAGACUGACUGCGCUUCUCCGCAUCACCCUCCACCUCGCGCUGCCGAUUCCCCAUCACAAUGGCUCUGACCAUUUGCACCAGAUUCACGGACGAAUACCAGCUCUUUGAGGAGCUCGGAAAGGGAGCGUUCUCUGUCGUGAGGCGAUGCGUGAGGAUAUCAUCCGGCCAAGAAUAUGCGGCCAAAAUCAUCAACACUAAGAAGCUGUCAGCCAGGGAUCACCAGAAGCUGGAGAGAGAGGCCAGGAUUUGCCGUCUAUUGAAACACCCAAAUAUUGUGCGACUCCAUGACAGCAUAUCGGAGGAGGGCUUCCAUUACCUAGUUUUUGAUCUGGUUACUGGAGGUGAGCUGUUUGAAGAUAUCGUAGCAAGAGAGUACUACAGUGAGGCUGAUGCCAGUCACUGCAUUCAGCAAAUUUUGGAGAGCGUUCAUCACUGCCACGUUAAUGGGAUCGUCCACAGAGAUCUGAAGCCUGAGAAUUUGCUGUUGGCCAGUAAGAUGAAGGGGGCUGCAGUUAAGCUAGCAGACUUUGGUUUGGCCAUAGAGGUCCAAGGUGAUCAGCAGGCAUGGUUUGGUUUUGCUGGUACUCCAGGGUAUCUCUCCCCAGAGGUCUUGAGGAAAGAUCCUUAUGGCAAACCUGUGGACAUGUGGGCCUGUGGUGUGAUUCUCUACAUUCUGCUGGUUGGAUACCCACCAUUUUGGGAUGAAGACCAGCAUCGCCUCUACCAGCAGAUCAAGGCUGGUGCCUAUGAUUUUCCCUCUCCUGAGUGGGACACAGUGACCCCUGAAGCUAAAGAUCUGAUUAAUAAGAUGUUGACCAUCAAUCCUUCUAAACGCAUCACAGCUGCUGAAGCCCUCAAACACCCUUGGAUCUGCCAACGCUCCACUGUAGCCUCCAUGAUGCACAGACAGGAAACUGUGGAGUGCUUGAAGAAGUUCAAUGCCAGAAGGAAACUCAAGGGUGCAAUUUUGACCACUCUCCUGGUCACAAGAAACUUCUCAGCAGCCAAAAGUUUGUUGAACAAGAAGACAGAUGGUGUGAAGGUUAACAACAAAACCAACCUAGCCAGCAGCCCCAAAGACACAGGCCCUGCCCCAGCAUUGGAGCCACAAACAACUGUUAUCCACAACCCUGUGGACAGAAACAAAGAAUCUACAGAGAGUGCCAACACUACAAUCGAGGACGAGGACUUUAAAGCCAGACGCUUUGGAAACCUCAGCAUUAAUUCAAUCUGGCAACCUGCAGUCCGCCCGCAAAACUCUGAGCCCAAGCAGGUGCCCAACUCCUCGGUGCAGACUUGCCAAGUUAUCAAUAAAGCUCGUAAGCAGGAGAUCAUAAAGGUGACCGAGCAGCUGAUUGAAUCCAUCAACAAUGGCGACUUUGAGGUUUACGCAAAGAUUUGCGACCCUGGUCUGACAUCUUUUGAGCCGGAGGCAUUGGGAAACCUGGUGGAGGGGCAUGAUUUCCACAGGUUCUACUUUGAGAACGCACUGUCCAAAGGUAAUAAACCUGUCCACACGAUCCUGCUGAACCCUCAUGUCCACCUGAUUGGGGAGGACGCAGCAUGUAUCGCGUACAUACGUCUCACCCAGUACAUGGAUGCCAGCGGUAUGCCACGCACCAUGCAAUCAGAGGAGACUCGUGUCUGGCACCGCCGAGAUGGCAAGUGGCUGAACAUUCACUUUCAUCGCUCUGGAGCGCCCAGCGUGCCCAUCAAUUAAUGGAAUAUUAAGCUUCAGUUUUUCCCCAUCGAGGAGAAACCAUCAGCAAAAACCCAACUGUCUGUCAGUCAAGCUGGAGGCAUGUCUUCUAAGCCACACCUGCUUUCCAACAACCACGCCCUUUCCCCUUCCUCUCUGAGGGUCGUUUACAUGUUAUUGCACAUGGACCAAAGCGUUCAAACAUUUUGCUAAAGGUCAUCACAUACACCAAAACCAGUGGGCCAUUUGCAUAUAUGGACAUUAUUAAAAGGAGUGUAUUUUUAACAUUUUAUUUCCUAUUUCUUUUUUAAGCUGUUUUUGGUAAGCAUUUUAAAUGUAUAGAUAUGUAAAGAGAAUCACUUCUCCCCAAGUCUGUACUGUAUUUUUAUGUCUAUUUAUUUGUGUGCAACGUCUCACAUUUUGAACGAUAAGAAUGUUAAUAUUGAGCUUGCUAUUGUUCUGGCGAUGUACAUAUGUCGUGAUCAUUCAGAUAAAAAAAUUAUAAAAUUAAAAGCAAAAAAAAAUUUGUUUAAAAAAACUUUCAAAACUACGUACUUUAAAUUCUGGCUCACAGCAAAGUUUUUAAUUUGAGCAAAUGCUGUCAAAAAGCUUUGUUUGUAUUCGCUAACUUACAAUGUUUGGCUCUUUAAAUAUUCUGAUUUACUUACUAUGAUUUACAAGAAUUGCAGCAUAUUAAUAUGGACUGUGUGAUUACCUUUAUGUCAUAGAAUAUGAGAAAAUAAAUGUAGCAUAUUUGAUACAUCAAGAUGACAAGCAUUGACUAAUGCAUGGAGGACUAGAUUUUGUAUGACCAUGAUAUUCUGUUAUUUUUCUCUUAUUUAUGUUGUGUAAUUCAUGGUUUACUUAUCAAAAUGUUUGUUUUAUUUCUAUCAAUAUCAUAAAGAUCAGUUAAUGUAAUUAUGAUAGUGACCAUCAUCAUUAUGACCCAACAUAUCUAGAACUAUCACCCUAUACCUUUAGAUGUAAUGUAGCUUAAUUUUCCUAUAUCGAGUGGCUGUGAAAGUAUUAUCCUUUUACUUUAUAUCAUGGCUGUAUGAGAAAAGAAACAUAAGUAGCUUAUGAGAAACUACAUGUAUCAUGUUCACACAUAUUUGUGCUUUAUAUUUUUCCUGACAUUAUUUUGCCAACCUAAAGAAGAAAGUGAGCUGAGCCUGAGUUUCAAGCAGGUACACUGCCCCUAGUGGCGACAUUGCGUCUGUGCCCCACUCAAUUGGAAGAUGACGCAAUAGAGGGCGAUGUCAGAAUGGAAUGGCCUUCCUCGAGGAAAAACCUCACCACUACUGGACUAUGCCAACACCAUAUUUUCUCAUAUUUCUUUUUUUUCAUUAUCCUUUUCUCUUCUUAAGAAGACUGAUACAGAUUCCUCGGCUGAUACAGAAACUUCAAAGCCAAUACGAGGAUGUGAAAUAUAUAAUAUGUUGCCAUGGUGGCGCUAACAAAUCAACAUAUUUAAUGAAAAAUACAAUAAAGGUGUGAUAUGUACUGUAUGUACAAUGUCAUGAGUCAGCUUUGUCUACUUUCUCUUUUUUCUUUUUGGCUAGCAUUAAGCAAAGUGUUCAAGUUAAAAGUAAUAUUCCAGGUUCAAUAAAAAUUAAACUC